UAAUGAUUUUGUUGUAUAUCUGUCAAUGGUUAGUGCCUUUAAUGUGGAUAUGGAAACAAAAUCCAGAUAAUGCAGCAAUUCCUUAUUUGACAGCAUUGGGUGAUUUGUUAGGAACAGCUUUUCUUUAUGCCGCUUUUUGUUUACUAAAUGUGCUUAAACCAGAAGAUUUAAUUAAUCAUUCUUCUUCUUCACAGCAAAAUCAACAGGAACACCAACAACAACAUCAAAAAAGCGCUUUAGAAUUAAUGUCGAUUCCGCCAAUUUUUUCAAAUAAUUCUGUGAUAACAUCAACAAAUAAUUCUAUAGAUUUUUAA